AUGACAUCUUCCGAAGAUUCUACCACUCAAGCUCAUUACGUUGUCAUCGGAGGUGGCACAUCCGGCUUGGUCGUUGCCAAUCGGUUGACUGAGAAUCCCGAUGUGCAUGUUCUUGUUCUUGAAGCGGGUGUAAACCGUGAUGAUGACCCUCGAGUCCAGGACUGGGCCGCUCUAUCUCCAUACUUCAAGAAGUUCUAUACUCUUUCACCACCACCCGACAGCGAGACUCUCGAGCAUCUAGGUAUUGACUGGAUAAAUGAAGAUUACCGUGGAACAACUGGACCCAUUCAAGUAUCAUUGCCCGGAGUUGUCCAAAGUCCGCUAUGCAAGGCCUGGAUCGAUAGCUUUCGUGGCUUUGGAAAAUUAACCACUGAAGUAGAUCCUUUCUCUGGAAACUCGACUGGAGCAUACAGCAAUGCAGCUACGGUCGAUAUUGCCACCAAGACUCGAAGUUACGCAGGCUCUGCGUAUGGUAUACCGGCUCUUCAGAGACCGAACUUUCACUUGAUUACAGACGCUACAGCUCAUAAGAUUUUGUUCAAGGAAUCAAGCGAUGGCCUCAUCGCGACUAGUGUAUUGGCGUCUGUUCAGGGUGAGAUCAAGCAGUUUACCGCCACCAAGGAGGUUAUUCUCGCCGCUGAAGUGUUCAACACACCCAAACUGCUUGAAUUAUCCGGCAUAGGAGAUGAAGAUUUGCUUAAGAAGCUUAACAUUCCGGUCGUCAUCAGUAAUUGUGGCGUAGGAGAAAAUAUGCAGGAUCAUUUAAUGACGGGUGUCAGCUUUGAGGUCGUUGAUGGAGUAACAACUGGCGAUCCUUUGUUGCGCCAAGAGCCACAGGCGUUGGAACUUGCUCAGAAAUUGUACACCGAGAACAAAGCAGGUCCCUUUACUAUUGGUGGAGUACAAUCUCACGCAUUCAUGCCCAUCCUGGAAUAUUCCGACGCGGAAGGUCGCCAAAAACAGGCAGAACUAUUGACGAGUAUACUCCAAAAGUACCCUCCAAAGCCACAAGAUGUGGAUCAUUUUGAAGCUGUACGCUCAAUUAUCGAAAGUCCAGGAGAAUGUUCGGCGGCUUGGUUGAUGUUUCUUGCUCAAACUAAUCUACAUGAGGGUGGAAAGAGUUUUGUAGGGUCAGAUCUACAACCAGAAAACUUUGCUAGUCUUGGUUGUUGCCAAAGUCACCCCUUCUCGCGAGGAUCUACUAACCUCGCCUCAUCAAACGUUGAUGAUUUACCUACCAUUGAUCCACGAUUCUUAUCGCAUCCUGCAGAUCUUGAGAUCUUGGCACGUCAUGGACAGACGCUUGAGACACUUCGUCAAACGAAAGAACUCUCAGCUUUCUUCAAACCUGACGGGAAGCGAAACCACCCAGACUCCUUCCAUAUCCAUACUCUUGAGGGAGCCAAGAAGUAUGUCCUUGACACUGCCGUGACUGCUUAUCACACUUGUGGUACCGCUGCAAUGCUACCAAAAGAAAAAGGCGGCGUUGUAAAUGAUAAGCUGAUCGUUCACGGUACGAACAAUCUACGCGUGGUUGAUGCAAGCAUUUUCCCACUGAUUCCACGUAGGAAUAUCCAAUCCUCGGUGUAUGCUGUGGCGGAAAAGGCUGCAGAUAUCAUCAAAGGUAUUUGA